AUGCCUGCCAAGACACCAUCAACUCAUCACACUGGCGCUGGCACCCAGCGCAAGUCGCUCAAACAAAGUCUCAAAGACGUCUUCUCCUUUGGAAAAUCCAAAAAGCCGAGCAAUCAAUCGCCUCAAACCGUUGGAUCAGGCAUAUUGCGGAAGGCCGAUCCAUCAACAACGUCCGUCCGUCACCAUCCGUCCUCACAUUCGCUUUUUUCAGACUUCAACAGUAGCCAUUUCAGCCUUCCGGGCUAUACGACAUCGGCUUCAAUUCCAAACAGAUUUCAAACACCACCGCCAGAGCCUGCAAUUAGAACAGCUGGACGCCAGUCGCUCUUACCUGCCAGAAGUCUCAGCCAAUUCAACCUCAAUCAUGACUACUUCCAACAUUCCACGGUACCCCAUCACCAAGUCCACCAGGCUGUGUCGCCAAGCCUUACAUCCGUCGUCAGUCGUGAAGCCAGUGUGUCUAGCUUCAAUAGUCUAGCUACAUAUUCUAGUGUCUCGACACUGCGAGUGCAGAACUCGCGCCGUGACCUUCUUCGGAGGGACUCUUCAAUUCGAGUGAACUCGCGCCUUGGUGAGACACACUCGAUAGCGGAUGAUCCCUGGAAGAGUCAUGCUCGCCCAAUGCAGCGCCAAAAGCAUGUAUCCUGGUUGCAAUCACCAUCCAACAGUACCGUCAUUCCCAGCGAGCUGGCUUCGAUGACGGAUCUCGAUUUGGAUGAGAAUGGUUCAGAAACUGGGCAACUCGUAGAGCAUUUCAAGUCAUUCUGUAUUUUGGACGCAAAUGCUUUGGGAUUUCCAGUAAUUGCGACGUCACAAGAAUUGAGAUACAUAUUCAAUGUUGGAGAGCAAUUCUUCCUCAACAAUUUGGAAUGCGAAGGUGCCUCAAUGGAUAUCGUUACUGGAAGAGAUGCAGCUGGUGAUCCUGUCACCCACCUCGUUCUCUUCACACCUUUGAUCAUCCCAAGCAGUGGACGCAGUCGCUUCAUGCUCGCGAGUUUGAUCGAUGUCACCCGCUUCAUCAAUGAUGCCGCAUCUUUACCAGAGCUGGAGAAAUCGUCCAUGUCAUCGACUGCUGAAAGUGAUCUGCGGUCUCCCCUGCAGCAUUUAAUAGGGGUUGAUUGGAAUGACUCGACCUAUAAAUUAUCUUCAGAGGAUCUUUUGGGUGGCUGUCUCUUACCACAAGAUCGACACGACCAGAAACUCAAUUCUCAUCACCGAGACGAUAUCUGGUUGAACUUGGCCAAUGAAGAAAACAGAAGACACCAGGGGCCAAUAAUGACUAGCACUCCUCUUUCACCACUGAGUGCGUCCAAAAACCCCGGAUCUUCAGGUGCCUCACAUGCUUCAGCCACUAGCAGCAAUGUGGACGAGGUAUUGGACGAAUUUAUGAGUGGCUUGCAAGAGUUGUAUUCGCAUUUCUUCCUCUUGGCCAAGAGUCCGCUCCAUGAUGACUACUAUGAAAUCUGCAACGUAUCACCCAUGUUACAUGCGACCAAGGAAUACAUCAACGGUCAUCUAUCUCAUACUGACUCUGGGGGUAUCGCCGAACUAAGCCUGCGAUUAGCUCAGGAAUGCCCAUUCGAUCUUGACGUCAAAUGGGGAGACCGUGGUCACCCCAAAAGGUUGUAUUGUAGCCCGCUCUACGGUCAAAACUCCAUCACAUGGAUCUGCUUCUUGGUGGAUGAUCAGAUACCUGCAUUGUGGUAG